GGCACCGUUAGCAUUUUUCGAUAAUAGAUAUAUCUACCGUAAUUCCUAUGACUCCCUCUAUUGAAUCCCACCAUAUAAUACCUCUUUGAAAGAGAUUGAAAAAUAGAAUGCCAUGGCAUUCUAUUGGAAGAACAAUGGUAUAAGUGUCAUUCUAAAACCACUUUCUUUUCGCCUACAAUGCCCUCCUUUAUAUUAUUCAUUAAUUAUAUUUAUUAAUUCCAUAAACAAGCUUCAACAAUUCUUCAUUAAUUAUUUCCUUAACUUACAAUGCUAAUACCCUCGAGACUUUUCUCUGUCCCAGCUUUAUAAACCUUGACCCUUUUAAACGCUGCGGUAUCAACGGGGCAAGAGAAUCCGCUUUUUUCUUUCCUUUUCCUGCAUUUUUUGCGUAGUGAGAGCCUUCCAAAAUCCACGACCCUUCCAAAAACACCUAAAUAUCGCGUUUAUUAGAGGGCCUCGUUCAAUUAGAGAGUGCCUCUCUAAUA